AUGGCGGAAGUUCCUAGAACUGUGCCUGCCACCAUCGCAUUCAACCGGGACCAAUGGAAGUCUGUUUUUCUGACGGAAUCCCGAGAGGAAGCUACCGAAAGGUAUGAAGAGUGGAUGGAGCUCAUGGACAAACAAGAAAAAGAAGCCAAAGGCCCGGUUGACUUCCAUCUGAGCAACAACGUGAAGUCCGAAAUCACAAAGCUGUUCCGCUCCGAGGUUUUCCCAAAGAAAUAUGCAGUUCAAUGGAAGUUCCUAGGAUCUAUCCUCUCUCGUUUAGAGCCCAACGAGCCAAUUCCAGACGUAGACGCAGAGCUCUGGAAAGAUGGAGCUAAGCGACUCCUGGAAGAACUUACUGAGGGGAACAAUCUCCGCUCUUCCAAGCCUGCUACGAUUUCUACUUUCGCCGAGAUCUCAGGAUCUUUGGGUGCCUGGGCUCCUCCAAAGAUGCCUAUGAUGGAAGAGCCCGAAGAGGAGGAUGAAGCUUCUGCAGCAAAAGAAGGAGAACCACAAGAAGACGCACCCAUGGGUAAAGCAGCUGGAGUGGACACUGAGAAUGAUCCUCCUCCAGAGACACCGCUAUCUCGGGGAACAAAGAGGAGAACUGGCUUUCAGCGAGAAGGAAGUCAAAGGUCUUCACGGCCAAAGCGCAGAGCCUCUUCGAACCAAGAGAAAAAUGCCAACACUGGAACGCAGCUCAACGAUCUGUUUGGCGAUGGGGCUAAAGAUGCUUCCUUCGAAGGCUCUGGAGAGGUCCCGCUUUCUGGAGAAAAGGUGGCGAUACCAGCUGACAUGAUGCCAAGUGGGAGAGCGGAAGAAGGCUCACCAGAAGACUAUGAUGGUGCUGUUGGAAAAGGUGUGGCAGGUCGCAAGAUUCUCGAGUGCUUGUGCAAUUGGGGAUCGGAGUUUGGUGUCAUGACGCUGUUCUGUGCCGCCCUAAUGUCUUCUGUAGGAGCUCUCAACACCUCAUGCUUGGUGUCUAAAAAGCCUGGAAGCUACAACCCAAAGAAAGCCAAAGCUUUGACGUACGAAUCUCUGGCUUCGCGCGCAGGAGUUAAGCGCAACAAAGAUUGGACUGAAGAUCAGUUCCGGCAAGAGAUCUUCACUCGCUACUUGAUGGUUUACCUUUUGCUGAUCUCUCUGAUCAGUGGCUCAGACGCAAACAGCCCAGCCAAAGCUCUUUCCACUCUGCUCGAGAAGCACGGGCUCGAGAUGGCUCUAUCUGACGAGUCGGAUGGUACUCAUGUCACUUCCUUGUACGCAUCUGCAUACAUCUACCCCCUGAUUGCCUCCGCGCUGGCUGCAAUCGGGUCUUCCACAGACCUUUUGUCAACGUAUUUCACAUCAUCGUCUCCUGAGGGAUACAUGUGGAAGCCCUUGUUCUUCCACCGUCCUACGAAAUCAGCCCUUCUGAGCCUGCCAGCGCUGGUUGCCAUUCCUAUGGACAUCAAAGCGCGAAUCGAAGCGGGUUGCCGUCCUUGGCAUCCUUCAACGCGAAUGAUCCGCACAUCUUACCACUCCUUGAAGGAAGCUCUGGAGGUAGGCUACCUAGAACCCCUGAAUGUCCGAGAUGCCAAGCUACUGGUCAACAUUUUGGUUAACUUGCGCACGGAGCACCUGACCAUAGAGGAAGAGUACACUGGAACUGGGGUGGUUCGCAAAGAGCCCCUAAUCUUGAAACACUUCAGAGUCUCGCAGAGAUCCCUCAAGACCCUCUUGCAAAAAGCCAUCACGCCCGUAGCUAACCUUCUUGCUUCCGGGUACCUGUCACCAGAGGCCUCGACAAUUGCCAAACACACGUUGAUCCGGCGGUGCCAACCGAAAAUAGUGGAAAUCAGCAAAGAUGCAAAGCCCUUCGUUACAGCUAAGCAGUUGGCAAAGAUGCUAUCUGAAACGAUGGCGGAACAAGAUGCUGACGCAGACGACUCUCUGGACUUGUAG